AGAACAGAGACACAAACCCGGGAGAACAAUUCACAAAAUGUGAACACAGAGUAUUUUUUUUUAUAACAAUAGAGGUUUUGGAGUGUCGUCUAAUGGGCCGACACACAAGCGGACUUCAGUGGAGGCGACGUCUUUGUUUUUAAACACACUGCACGGUCAGAGAGAGACAAGAUGCAUGCAGGCAAAGCUUUGCUGUGCGUCCUCCUCCUCCUCCACUGCGCCACCCCAAGCUCGCCUCUGUCCACCUGCGCCGCUGUGGACAUGGACCACAUCAAGAGGAAGCGAGUGGAAGCCAUAAGGGGGCAGAUUCUCAGCAAGCUCAGGUUGUCAAGCCCCCCUCACCCCCAGGGACCUGCUAAUGUCCCCUACCAGGUCCAGGCGCUCUACAACAGCACCAGGGAGCUCCUGGAAGAGCUGGGCCGGCACCGGCACAAGACUUGUGGUCCGGAAAACACGGAGACGGAGUACUUAGCCAAAGAGAUCUACAAGUUCAACAUGGUCUAUGGACCCACUGAGAGCAAUGAUCUGUCCUACUGCCCAAAGGGGAUGACCUCCAAGGUGUUCCGCUUCAACGUGUCCGCCAUGGAGAGGAACUCGACCAACCUAUUCAGGGCCGAGUUUCGAGUGCUGCGGGUUCCGAACCCAAGUGCCAGGCGAAACGAGCAACGGAUCGAGCUCUACCAGAUUGUGAGGCCCAACGAACACAUCAGGAAGCAACGCUACGUCAGCGCUAAGAACGUGCUGACCAAAGGAACUCCUGGAUGGGUCUCCUUCGAUGUGACUGAAACAGUACGAGAAUGGCUGCUGAACAGAGGAAGCAACCUUGGUCUGGAAAUUAGUGUGCACUGUCCCUGCCAUACCUUCAGUCCAAACGGCGACAUCAUUGACAACGAGAAUGAGGUUCUGGAGGUCAAGUUCAAAGGGGUGGACGGGGAGGAGGAGCAUGGUCGCUUGAAGAGGCUCAAGGAGCAGAACCUGCCUCAUUUGAUCCUCAUGAUGAUCCCGCCUCACCGCCUGGCGAAGCAGUCCACACACAGACGCAAGAGAGCGCUGGACACGGACUACUGCUUCUCAAACACAGAGGAGAGCUGCUGCGUUCGCCGCCUCCACAUCAAUUUCCGGCGUGACUUGAACUGGAAGUGGAUCCAUGAACCCAGUGGCUACGACGCCAACUACUGCUCAGGGCCAUGCCCUUACCUGAGGAGCUCAGACACGCCGCACAGCUCGGUGCUGAGCCUCUACAACACCCUCAACCCGGAAGCCUCGGCCUCGCCUUGCUGCGUGCCCCAAGAACUGGAACCCCUUACCAUCCUCUACUACUCUGGACGGACCCCCAAAGUGGAGCAGCUGUCCAACAUGGUCGUCAAGUCUUGCAAAUGUAGCUGAGGACGCUGACAGGAAGACGACGGAUCGGCUUAGCACUGAUACAAAACCCGUACUUUAUUGAUGAAAGCCUUGUUUGUUUUUGUAUACUUUUUCUGACUCUAUUGAUAUCAACAUGCUUGUCUUUCAUCAUAGAAAGAACGAUGCAAUAUCCUCUGCCCUCGUUAGGUAUACAUGAACCAUCCAAUCAGAUACAAUACAGUUCUGCAGAACCCUAUAAAAAAAGAGGGUGUGCGAAAGAGAACUUGACACUCACUUCUCCUGCCCUUUAAUACGUAACGCCAUACGCCGACAAUGAGUUCUGUGUAAAAGGUGCCUGCAAACACACUAAAUACUUGAUCGGCCAUUUUGUUCUGUAUAAAAAGAGGCUGGUGUCAAUGUGAACAUGUAACUGUACUACCUGUCAGGAGCCCCGUUUACUUUGCCUGUAAAACACGGCAUUUUCCCACCUCUUCUGCAUACAUGGCAGAGUAACAUGUUCACUUUUUCUGCUUCAGAGGUAAUUCCAUAGCUGUCACAGAGGCGGCGUAUUCGACAAUGCACAAGCGCUGGGUUCUGUGAAAAAGGCACCUGAAGAUAAAUGCCGGAUUUUAUUUUUAGCUGCAGUUUUGAUUGUAAAAAUAGUGGCUAGUGAGUCUUAUUAUGCUGCAUUGCAGGGGUGCCAAAACACAUGUGAAAAUGUGCCAAUGGUCCUUAGACUUAGAUGGUCCUUAGACUUAGACUUAGACUACCUGUUAUUGUCAUUCAAAUUUGAACUUUACAGUACAGAUAAGAACGAAAUUUUGUUGCAUUAGCUCGUUGUAGUGCAGGAUAAAAGAGCAGUGGGGGGAGAGGGGUUAUAUUUAUACAGCGCUUUUCUCUAGUGACUCAAAGCGCUUUACAUUGUGAAACCCUAUAUCUAAGUUACAUUUUUAAACCAGUGUGGGUGGCACUGGGAGCAGGUGGAUAAAGUGUCCUGCCCAAGGACACAACGGCAGUGACUAUGAUGGCAGAAGCGGGGAUCGAACCUGGAACCCUCAAGUUGCUGGCACGGCCACUCUACCAACCGAGCUAUACCGCCCCAAUAAGGUGCAGAGUGUUCGCAUUUACAAAAGAAGGUGAAGAUAUAAAUAGAUUACUGUACAGAUAAAUAUAUUGCACUUUUGCAUAUGCAUUAACGUAUGUUAUAUUGUCUUUAUAGUCCAGCGAGUUAAUCUGUUUUUUGGGGGUAUUAUUAUGAUCUCUGCAGAGACUUCCAGUCUGAGGCACUGCGUCCAGACAGAGAUGCAGUUGGUCCGCGGGCCAAAUAACGAUUUUUCUCAUGCAACAGCACCACGAGUGAAGAAUUUAGCCUUAUACCGCCAUACAUAAAUAUAAGGUAGUAGAGAUUGUGCCUAAUUCAAUUAACAUGCAACUGUGCAUCUUUUAUGUGCAUUUUUAACCUCAAAACAUUCAAAUUAGGUCAUUUUCUGCAGAUGUUCGCCCUUUCUAGAUGUUGUUCUGUAACCAGUUCCUACUAGAUAGUUCAACUGAUUGCUUUCAAACUUUAAAUUUAAAGUCCCAACGAUAGUCACACACACUAGGUGUGGUGAAAUUACCCUCUGCAUUUGACCCAUCCCCAUGUUCACCCCCUGGGAGGCGAGGGGAGCAGUGAGCAGCAGCGGUGGCCGCGCUCGGUAAUCAUUUGGUGAUUUAACCCCCAAUUCUGACCCUUGAUGCUGAGUGCCAAGCAGGGAGGUAAUGGGUCCCAUUUUUAUAGUCUUUGGUAUGACUCAGCCGGGGUUUGAACUCACGACCUACCGAUCUCAGGGUGGACACUCUAACCACAAGGCCACUGAGCAGGUGGCACCCAGACAGAUUAGACGUAUGGAGGAUGCAAAAUUCUGAAGCAUUUAGGUUUUCACUACAGGACGUGAGCGAAGCAUGGCGACCUAGAUUAUCCUUUUCCAUAGAGUGCCAAAAAGUCACAAUUUUUCCGAUCUUAAAUUCAAAUGCAACUAGUUAAGUCUGUUAAAAAAAAUAUAAAAAAAUCCAUAGAAUUCUACAAACUGGCAGCUCAGUCACCAUCAUUUUACCAUAAAAUUGGCGGCGGUUUUUACAUGCAAUUUGAAAAACUGUACCUUUGUUGUUUUAUGUUAAAAUUAUGGUGACUGAGCCGCCAUUGUUUUUACUGUAAAAUCUAUGGCCAUUUUUUUGACAGUGCAUUACUGUAAAUAGAGAAAUGGUCCCCUGAUGAUUUUAGUAUACAUUUAUGGCGACCGAGCUGUCAAAUCUACUGACUUUUUUUGACAGUGUAGUCUUGCGGACAGGCUAUCAAUGAUUGUGCAGCUUGAAAGACAUCAGUAUGACUAUGUGCUACAUUUGGUCACCACCCUAAUGAAACAACAUGACAUCAAAUUUGGCCCGCGGGCCUCACUUUGGGCAUUCCUGCUGCAUUGCAUCCCAUAGGAUUAGUAUUUCGGAUUCUUCCUCUUCAGCGUUCUUUAUUAGAUUCCGUUCCCAGUGGGCGAUAUCUUCAAACACAAAAAGGAGUAACGACUGAGUGGCCGUUGUAAGCCAAAAAUCCCAAAGUGCGGUCACUGGGAGAAUGCCUUUUGGGAUCGCAAAGGAAUGGAAAGUCGGUAAAUGGGAAGCCGAGCCAAGCCUUUUGGGACAUUGAGCCAGCGGCAGCCUUUUUAGAAGAGGAGUGAUGAUGAUGAUGAAGAUGAUGAACAGAGGACCUGCACGUUUUGAUCUCUAACAGGUUUUGGGCGACAUCAUAGUGUUACGCAACAUUUUAUGGCAUUUCUUUUACAUUGACAGCAGCUGUUAUGCAACUUCUAGGAAGUGUUUGACUGCAUCUUAGCUCAUCUACUGUUACACACUUCCUGUUAUUCUCUCUCUCUCUCUCACACACACACACACACACACACACACACACACACACACACACACACACACACACACACACACACACACACACACACACACACACACACACACACACACACACACACACACACACACACCAUUAUUGCAGUACUGCCUGGAUCUCUUUUCUAUCCUCAGAAGCAGCAGACAUUUGUUUUUUGAAAAAAGUAGUCAUGUUGUGCAAAAAAAACCAACACGACAGAGGAAGCUGCUUCUGAGGAUAUUAUUACAUUCUAGUGUUGUCCCGACACCAACAUUAUUUCGAUACUU